AUGAGCGAUGCUAAAACAGACUUUAUUAGGUGGCUGUAGAAGGAGAGGAAUGAUCAAUUUACUUAGCUGUUUUCUGAGGAUGUUUUAAUAAAUUUAAAAUAAGAACAAGAGAUUUCUAGACUUUAAAAAAUCUCUUUGAAUAAUUACUAAAAUCUAACACACUGCGGUUCCAAUAUUCAAUUUCACAAAAUAAUCAAGUCUAAUAUUUAAGAAAUUAAUCAAACGAAUAAGUUUCAGCAAACAAAAGAAAAUGAUUUAAUAGGUAUUCCUAUAUUUUAAUCAUACGAUACGAUUUAUUUAGAAACCAACCUACUAGAUUAGAAUGAACGAAUAGAUCCGCUUAAUUACCAAUAGCCACAAAUUUAUAAGUAACCAAAGUAGGAGUUUGUAAAAGAAGAGAUACCUCUAAGAAAACUCAUAGCAAUAUUAAAAUGA